AUGCUCUCGACAACCAGUAACAAUAACAUCAGCAGCAAUGGAUGUGUCGUCAUCGACGAUACUAGCCUGGUAGCACCACCGCCGCCACCACCGCCCCCAGCUCCACUCGCUUACAAACGUCCUUUUUGCGGCGACGAGCGACAGUUACAGCAAUACACCCCACCAUUACCCUCCGCGUGCUAUUGCGUCGACUGCUGCUCUCCACCGUCAUCGACUUCAUCCGUUCAAGGUGACUCGACGACAGCUUGUAUGAUGGACGGGGGUGAAGGAGGAGCAGGAGACGGGGGCUGGUUCUUGGCUCCCAACAACCCCCUAUCUUCAGGGCCCAUCAUGAUGGACCCUGCCUACACCAUGGCCAACGCAAAGGCCGGCUCUAGCAGCCCAAUCACUUGUGAUUGCUGUUGCUACCCGCCUCCUGGUAUUGUUGCCAUGCCAUCAGAAGAGUUCAGACCCGCCUUUUACAAUCCAUUUGAGGUCAAGCAUCGACGACGGACAUCACGCGCCCAGUUCAAAGUGUUGGAAAAGACGUUCCUGGAAAAUCCAAAGCCGAACGCUCACAAACGGCGUUCACUCGCGCAAAAACUUGGUAUGACUCCCAGAGGCGUCCAGGUCUGGUUUCAAAAUCGACGCGCCAAGGCCAAGGCUCAGCAGCGUCGGGAACAACAACAACAACAAGAAAUGACGCCACCAAGGGUCGAUGUAUCAGCAGCAGAGGUAGCAGCCUUGGCAGCAACAUCAUCAUCAUCCGCAACUACUACUGCCUGUAGCAGCUCUGCAGCAGCUCCGCCUAUGCAACGACAGCAUAGCAAUGCAUCGUCAUCAUAUACCGAACAAUUGACGCCAAUCACACCUAUCGAUGUGUUUUCGUUUCUUGAUCAACAACAGCAUUCGCAUGAGUUCCAGCAGCUCCAGCAGGACACUGCCGGAAAAUGGGAUCUCGUGCCUGGGCUGAUGUAUUCUCGAGAAGCAGCAGCAGAUGAGCUCAAAGAACAACCGCUGGUUACAUUAGAUCGCGUGACGGAAACUGACACGACAACCGCUGCAGCUUUUGCCGCGCUGUUUGAUCCAUACUUUGGCGACAUAAGGCGGACCUCGUAUCCCCUUGCACAGCAGCAGGAGCAACAGCAGAUGACGAUGAUCGCUGCAUCUUCGGGCCAUCAACACCAGCAACAACAAACAGAUUUUAGUGAGGCCACGCGGAGACUCUCGGAGCCCAUCUACAACAAUGCCGACUUAUCGUGGAUGACCGCUCCAAACUCCACAGCAACAGCAGUAGCAGCAGCAGCAGCCAGUGUCACCACUGCAGCUUACCAUGAUUUUGCAUAA